UACAUGUAUGUGGACUCGGUUUAUGUGAAGCACUUUCAGGAGGUGGCACAACUCAUCUCCCCUAUGACCACAGCCCCCAUGUCCGGCUGCCUGUCCUUCUAUUACCAGCUCCAACAGGGGAACGACAACGUCUUCUCGCUUUAUACUCGGGAUGUGGCUGGCAUGUAUGAGGAGAUCUGGAAAGUGGACAAUCCAGGGAUUGCUGCCUGGAACCUCGCAGAGGUCGAGUUCAGCGCUCCUUACCCCAUGGAGGUUAUUUUUGAAGUUGCUUUCAAUAGUCCCAAAGGAGGUUAUGUUGCCCUGGAUGACAUUUCUUUCUCUCCUGUCCACUGCCAAAAUCAGACAGAGCUUCGUUUCAGUGCCAUGGAGGCAAGCUGUAAUUUUGAGCAAGAUCUCUGCAACUUUUACCAAGAUAAAGACGGCCCAGGCUGGACCCGAGUGAAAGUGAAGCCAAACAUGUAUCGGGCUGGAGACCACACUACAGGUUUUGGGUAUUACCUGCUGGCCAACACAAAGUUUACAUCUCAGCCUGGCUAUAUUGGAAGGCUCUAUGGUCCCUCCCUACCAGGAAAUUUGCAGUACUGCCUGCGUUUUCAUUAUGCCAUAUAUGGGUUUUUGAAAAUGAGUGACACACUAGCAGUUUAUAUCUUUGAAGAAAACCAUGUGGUUCAAGAGAAGAUCUGGUCUGUGCUUGAGUCCCCAAGGGGUGUUUGGAUGCAAGCUGAAAUCACCUUUAAGAAGCCCAUGCCUACCAAGGUGGUUUUCAUGAGCUUAUGCAAAAGUUUUUGGGACUGUGGGCUCGUAGCCCUGGAUGAUAUUACAAUACAGUUGGGAAGCUGCCGGUCUCCAGAGAGACUUCCACCUCCACCUGGAGAGUGUACUUUUGAUCAAGAUGAAUGUGCGUUUACGCAGGAGAAAAGAAACCCGAGCAGCUGGCACAGGAGAAGGGGAGAAACUCCCACCUCCUACACAGGACCCAAGGGAGAUCACACUACUGGGGUAGGCUAUUACAUGUACAUCGAGGCCUCCCACAUGGUGCAUGGACAGAAAGCACAGCUCUUGUCCAGGCCUCUUCGAGGCGUCCCCGGAAAACACUGCUUGACCUUUUUCUACCACAUGUAUGGUGCAGGGACUGGCCUGCUGAGUGUUUAUUUGAAAAAGGAGGAAGACAGUGAAGCAUCCCUCCUAUGGAGGAGAAGAGGAGAGCAGAGCAUUUCUUGGCUUCGAGCACUGGUUGAAUACAGUUACACAAGGCAACACCAGAUAAUUUUUGAAGCCAUUCGGGGAGUGUCAAUAAGAAGUGAUACUGCCAUUGAUGAUGUUAAAUUUCAGGCAGGACCCUGUGCAGAAAUCGAAGAUACAGCUCAACAUUCAUCAGGAUAUUCUGAAGAUUUAAAUGAAAUUGAAUAUUAAGGAAUGAUCUGAAUUGGAUUAAAUAGAUAAAAUCUGCACCUCUUCAAUCAAAACAAAACAAAACGAAUACUGGACAGUUUUUACCAUUUCAUAAGUUAUGAAAUGACUUCAGAGCACCCCUUAUUCAUUACUUUUGCAAAAAGAUACUGACUCAGGGCUUUUUUUCUCUUGCAUUUGACAACUGGUACUAGAAGUACAGGCUGCUGGUUUGCAUCAAUCUUCUUAAUUUUGGUACUAGUUAAAAAUACAAAUGUACUAUAUUGUAGACAUUUUAUAAUACACAAAGAGCACAAUCAAAAUGAGUGUGCUUACUUAAAUUCUCAUUCAGUGAAUGUACUGGGAGAAGACUGGGUCUUGUGGGUUUCCUUUUGAAUUUCAAGUAUCAUAAAUAUUUUUAAAGUAAAUAAUGUGGGGUGUCAGGAAUAUUUGCAGAAUGAAUGCAGUUUUUCAUGGUAACAAGUUAUUCUAGAAAAAUAAAGUCAUUUUUUCUAUGUUUUAUUCAUAGAAAGAGUAUUAAUUUUUAAUAAUUUCACCAUAUGUGAUAACAAAGGCGCUUUCUUGAACUCCCAGGGGAAGUCAGUACUAAUUAACACAGUAGUACAAGACCGUGCUACCUUCUUUUUUCUCCCUUUGAACUACCUUUGAGAGUCACCGAGCACAUGGAUAGAAAUUGCACUUCUUUUUUUGUAAGGUACGCUUGAAACUGUUUAUGUACACUCAGCCAAUGAUUUUUUUAAUAAACUUGUAAACAGUUUGAUUUUUAUAAUAAAUAUUUUGGUAAUGUUUUGAAUGAUAUGAAUUCAACCAGAUAUGCUAAACUACUGCUUUUUAUUUACUUGUUUAAAGAAUUGUAUAUAUACUUGUGCACCCAAACAGCUGUUUAUAAAAUUAUAGGUAAUUAUAAAAUUACCUAAUAAAAGAUAAAAAUCCU